AUGAGCUCUUACUUCCUCAACUUUACCACGUUUGAUAUCCAACUUUGGCCGCCUCCACCGAAGAUAGACCCGAAAGUCUUCGCUGAGUACGCCCUGAAUCCUUCGUUGCUGGUGCCCUUACUGCUGGUCUACCACACCUUCACUUCAAUAGUGCUACAAGCCCAAAACUUCCGCGACUACCCAGGACGACGUGAUUCUGUCUGGUAUCAGGUCUGUUUUGGUCAUUUGUUCGUGCUGGAGCUUUUCAUGAUACGUCUGCUCCUCGUCUACCAGAAGCAUUGUUCGCUGUCGGAGAACAUCCACCUACUGGUGUUUGCCGUAGAUGGUACAACCAACGCAGCGACCUUGGAGAAUUUGUCACGCCUAGCAUCGAAACCUGGUGUCCAAUCCACCCUCAUUCUCUCCAAAUCUGACGGCUCUAUCAUUCGCAGCACUGGGCUUCUUGCUGGAUCGUCAUCCUCGUCUUCACGAGACCUAUCCGUUGGGAAUGGUUCAAGCCAUGAUGGUUCCGUAGAGCCGGUGGAUGCAAUAAGAACUGGGAUUGCUUAUCCUAGCAGCACAAAAGAUGACAAGAAAGGUCACAGUGCAGAGGACAUUGCACGAAUGGUAUUUGCGUUUGUGGCAGGAGCAAAGGCAUUCACAGAGGGCAUGGACACGUCGGAUGAAGUCAAACUCCUUCGGUUGAGGACACGCAAGACUGAGAUAGUCAUUGUCCCGGAUGCGAAGUUUCUACUCGUUGUCAUACAUGAUACUCCGCCAGCUUAG